UGAGUCAGUGUUGCCACAAUCGCGAAGGUGCACACACCAUCACAAUGUCGCCAGUAUUAUCUCACUUGUGUGUGAUUGUUUUUAUCCUGUGUCAACAUGAUUUUGUGUCAAGUGAUGAAUCGUGUCAAAGUUGCGGGGACAAGAUCCCCUUGGAGAUGGCUAUUCGAAUGAACACAAUCACAGACGAGAAACAACUUUUCAGAGAAUUCAUCAAACCAGAUGUGGAAAAGCCGGUUAUAAAAGUUGCUAAAUUCCCUUUAAGUUUUGGAUUUGGACCUGACUCAGUUUCAGAUGGUGUUCCAAAGCCGUCGGAGGAAGAGCCUGUUGAACGAAAAGCUGUAGUCAAGCCCAAGCCAGCCCAGUGUAUACCUGAGCUAAAGACAAUCAGUCUGAGAGAGACAGAGGACCCAUGGAUCUACUACUGGCCUGAGUGUACCAGACUAGAGCAAUGUGGUGGUUGUUGUAUACACAAGCAGCUUAGCUGCCAACCCAUAGAGACUGAAACUGUCAACUUUCAGGUGACUGUCCUGGAAUAUGCUGGAAACCAAAUGAUCUACAAAGGAAAAGAGAUAAUCAGCAGAGAGAAGCACACAAAGUGCAAGUGUGACUGUAUAGUCAAGGAGAAGGAUUGCAAUGAACGUCAGGAGUAUCGUAAAAGUGAAUGUCGCUGUUUUUGUACCAACAAAGAUGCUGAAGCAAAAUGCAACGAUGACCCCAAGAAACACUGGAAUCCGGAUAGUUGCUCCUGUGAGUGCCUCAGUGUGGUUGAGUGUUCGUCUGGAACAUAUUACGACCCAUCGAGUUGCAGUUGUGAGCCCCUUCCAACCGAAGUCUCCACCAACAACUCAGAAAUUACACAGCCUCCUACCCGUCGAAGAUGGCAACCUAACUACUCUUUCUUUGGAUGAAAGUAAACUCUACCUGAUAACGAAAAUCAUCAGUCAUUUUAUACCAAAACAUCUACAUCAUUCGAGCUUUCCAUGUAUAUAUUGUAUUUAUUUAGUUAUAGUUGUUUAUAGACCUAGUUAAGAUUAUACAUUUUUGGACAGUGCCGUUGCGUCUGGAAGGUGUAUUUACUUAUCUUAAUUUUUCUGUUCGUUUAUGUUUUCAUAAAAUGAACAAGAGUUUGUUGGCCAAUGAAUUGUUCCGUCCUGUAAUCAGUGAAAUUUUGUUUGUAAGUGAAUUGUUGUGUAUCUAUGAACAAAUAAAUUUAUUAAACGUUAACUUUUAAUAGUAGUAUUAUUACUUAA